UUCGCACAGCAAUGAACUCGGGCUUUGCAAAAGAAUGGCUGGCAUUGAUCUCUGGGGCGUGGACUGCUGUGGAGUGGAAAGGCCUUGCCUUUAAAGGGUUGCAAGAACUCUCAGGGCCGGACCUCUCUGAAACUGCAGCAGCCAGGGCGUGGUUGACAGAUGUACCAAUCUACAGAUUGGAUUGGCACGUUGACAAAAAAGCGGGCAGCGACUGGGUUUAUGACCUCCAGAACAAGCCUACGACACGGCCGUUGUCCACGAUGGGACUGCAACAACUCCUUGAGGCCUACAUUGCUGUGUGGAUGGCUGGUGAUGAAAUCAUUAGCACGCUUGGAAACAACAAAGAAUUGGCACAGGUCUUCCCACACUGGGAUCAGUUGCUGAAAUUCGUGGCUGGCCAGAUUUCUGCACUGGACUAUGAGAGAAGUCACCAAGCAUCCCAACGAGCCCGAGUGACCGGACAACCCGGAGGACAAGGACAACAGCUGUUUCAGAGACGCUAUUCCUUCCAAGAUGCCCAUGCGGUUGUAGGUGGAAUCACCAAUUCCUUCGCCUCCUUUUGGGAAUCCGAGUGCAGAGCGAUGAAGCAAAAGCUGGUGACAUUGGAUAGCAAAAGAACAGGCCGAGUACCGCUGAGCAAGUUCUACGGCAAGUCCAUCACGGACGCUGAGUGGCGCUUUGGUGAAUCUGAAUCUUACCUUCGAGAGCUGGGAGCUCUGGAUGAGACCUCAGCGCGUUUGGGGAAGCAAGUGAUCAUUCCCAACUACAUCCAAGGAGCCUCCAAUUGUAUUGUCACGGCCUCCCAUUACUCCAUUUGCUGCAUCAAUGAGUGCGAGCCCAUCAUGGCAGAGAUAGAAGAGGCCGUAAAGAGUCCAAUGGCGACUGUCGAACACCUGCUGUCGUUGGUGGGGAACAUGACUGCGCUCAAUACCCUGGAGGACGAGGUGGACAUCCUCCUGGAUGACUUCAUGGUGAGCCAGCUGCAGUCCAUCGCCAAGGAGCAUGGCGGUCAAGUGCCAAUCCACGGGAGGCUUUUCGCACAAUGGUUGCACUACGUCUUCCCAAGAGAUUGCCUCUUCCCGCACAAGUCUGGUUCUGCUCAAUCUCGGUCUCCCAACGAAUAUGGUGAUGGAUAUUUGGCAUCUGAUGACGAGAUGGAAGCUCAUGCCAAGGACACUCGGGCAGAGAUCCCCCUGGCAACGAUGAAGCGGGAGGAGCUGCAAUGGAUGUCACAAUGGAGCGAAGAUGAGGAGCUCUUUGCCAGCUAUGAUCACCUUGUCAAGCGCGCCGGCGCGGGGACGGGGACUUUCAUCGUGGCGGGCUCUGGGCUCUUCCUUUUGGCGGUGUUCAUUGGUGCGGUGAGUUUCAACCGCAAGGCCAACCAGCAGUUCCUGCCCGUUGGCGAUGGCAAGGUUCAUUUUGUGUAA